AUGUCUUUGUCUGCCUCCCUUCUGGUUGCCCAAACCCUUCUUCUUCUCAUUCAACAGCCAACUGGAGUCCUGUGUCAGGCACUUGCCAUCGCUAUGCACUUCUCUUGGCUCUGUUCCUUCAUGUGGAUGACAGUCAUGUCAGUAAAACUGGCUCGUACAUUCACAAACAAGGGCGUCAACGCCUCGAACCAGAAUACGGCAAAGGCGCAUGGCUUCCUUAGCCUCUGUGCCAAUGGAAUCCCUCUGUGUAUUGUCACCACAUCGGCUCUUCUAGAUUUCAUGGAGGUUCCCAAUAUUUACAUUGGCUAUGGAGCACAUGGCAUAUGCUGGAUCGCUAAUCCUCGCGCGUCUCUCCUGGUGUUUGGUGUACCUCUGGCAUUGAUGCUUCUUGUUAACAUUAUUGCCUUUACCAUGACGCUCUGUAAUAUAGAGAAAAGUCUGAAAUUGUCCCAAAAUAUCACAUCCUCAAAGAAGGACAAAGCCAAGGUGAUCAUCUAUGGCAAGUUAUUUGUCAUCAUGGGUGUGUCUUGGUGUUUCAGUUUUGGUGCAGCCUUUGCGGACGUCAGUUUUCUCUGGUACAUCUUCAUCAUCCUGAACGGCCUUCAGGGCUUCCACAUCUUUGUAAGCUUCGUCUGUACAGAUAGGGUUACGAGAUUACUCCGGGAGAAAUUGACAGGUUCUAGAGCAGAUAUUCGAACUUCAGCUGUGACAUCAAGCACUGAAAUCAAAUCACAAAAAGGUGAUAAAACCAGUAUCUGA